AUGUGCAAUGCAGUAACAACACCAGAAGCUAACCUGGAGAGACUUAAACAGGCUCUCGGAAGUUCGUGGCUGUCUAAUGGAGUACGAGCGGGGGGCUCCAAGUGCUGCAUGGUGGCUAAGAAUGCCGCUCCAAGUUGCCCUGCAGCAGUAGCUUUGCUCUCCAGCCUUGAUUGCAACAUGAAAGAAAUCCAGGCAGCCAGAGAAGCAGUCACCAAGCUGGAGUCCUCGCUGUUGGAAACAAAGGAAGAGAUCCAGCUUCCCUGCGCUAAGAUCUCCUCCAAGCUGCUCCACUACAUUGACCUCAUGAUCUUCAAUACGGCCUUUGAAGCCUACGAAGCGGGCCAGACUCCACAGCAAGCCUUAACUCAAACGUUCGAGCACUGGGGUAUCCAGGGAGACGCUGACGAGAGUCCAGGUUCCUCUUCGAGCUCCUUUGAAGGUCCGCCAUCUCUGCGAUGUUGCCACAGACACCAAGUGACCUCCUCGUCCCUACCAGCAGCAAACAUCGUUCCGGUUAUGGCACGGGCUCCAGCACAGGUCCCCAUAAAGGACAUUGUGGCGAAUGGCCUUACGAAUGACCUCUUGAGGCUUUAUCCGCGAUCUCAGAUAUUUCUCUCGGCAGCACGCAAUCCGAUUUGUACGUUGUCUCUAACCCCUUUCCCUUCUAGCGAGGAGCACUGUGGCUCCUGUGCCUGCUUCGCCUCUUUUGUUUUUGCAGUAAAGUCAGCCUUCAUGCUUUUCCUCUUGGCCUACCUUCGCUACGAAGAACUGUUUAAGCCCUCAUCGAGCUCUUCAAAAGUGCGGGUCUUCCCGAGUCUGGUGCCUUUCUUAACAAGCUCAGUGGCCUCCAAGCUGCGGGAUGUCGAUGCGCUUUGCCAGAUCACCCUCGGCAAAGUUAGAAGCUCUCCGAAAAUGCCACCUAGCUUCCUGUCCAUACCGAGAAUGUUUUUUGUUCGCAAGCAGUUUGGUGUCGGGUUACUUCGCGUUGCUUGCGAUCUUUUAGAGGACGCGGUCUCCACAACCCAAAGAAACUACGAAAGCGGACUUUCUUUUUUCAACGAACAAAUGAACCAUUUGCCAGCUGAGACCCGUCGUUACGCGGUACCUCUUCAAAAGAAUGCUGCGCCAAACGUUAACUUCAGACGCCUUUGCUUCAGCCUUGGCAACCGACCGACUGCUGAUAUGCUCUUCCUGCCGACUCCGUGUACUCUCAAAGACCUCAAUAUAGAGCAGCAGAGUGCUCCUCCUAGCGAAGCGCAAACGGCGGAGGAUACGAGUUUUCUGCAGGGGGCCGAGCAGCAGAUUGCCAGGCCAGAAGCACCACGUAGCUCAUUGGUUGUCGAAGAAGACGAGAAGGCAUUUUAUUAUCACCUCAUUGCCACCUCAGAAUGCGAUACGAGCUUUCAUGCGAUUUCCUCUUCUGCUGCAGGAGGCAACAAGGACUCUCUCGCACCCCUGCUGACUCGAGUAGCCGUUAACAGGAGUGACUUCAUGCUCAGCAAAGACCCUCGCACCUAUACAGCCAUUGUUAAAUCUGUCAAAAAAAACGUCUCCGCAUGCAAAAAAUCACGUUACCAGGACCUAGAAAAGGAAAUGCAAAAGGAGGGCAUGCGUUCGUCUCUGGAGUUCUCUCAAAAGUGCACUGCCUAUCAGGAUGCCAAAGGGUGGAAGAAAUCAAAGUGCGAGAAGUUCCUGAUACCUCUACACUGUGAAUAUUUCGACAGUACCCGGUCGGCAAUUGCCACCCGUAUAGAUCUAAAGCUUUCGCUAGGAUGGAUGGCGCGACAGGAACCGUGUAUUGGGCGCCGCUGCAAGAAGUGGGAAAGGGCCCACCCAUUUGCUAUGGUGGCUUCUUCCCCUCGUCAAUAUCAAGCCUUCGGGGAGUGCAGUCCCUGGAUCAGGGCCUUGCUGACAUUCUACGAGUGGCUCGGGCUCUACAGUCUAAGAGCAAAGGACAUGGACAGCCGCGAUGCGAUAUAUGGGCUGAAUGAAUAUCAAGCACUAUUCUUGAUGACAGGCCGACACGAGAAGCAGGGCCUUUUUAAAAAGAUCUUCGGCCUACUAAAAGACAAGGAAAAAACCACCAAGAUGCACGUGCGGUUCUUGAUGAGUCAGCUGUCGUCCGACGCGAUGCUCGCGCUGCAGUCCGCCUUCCGCCCGGUUGUGCACCCGGACACACUGCAGCGCUUAAAUCAAUAUGCUGCCUUCAUGAGCAAACCAUCUGGCGAAGUGAGAGACGCCGGUGGUCUCGCCAAAAAGCUUGACAAAGUUAUAAGCGCCUGGACGUACACUGGGAUGCCUGAACUUGUUAAGGUCCGUCCAGCUCACUGUCUAGCAAAUACAAUGAUACGCAUUGAUGCCAUACCCGUGUCACAGGAGAAGCUGGACAAAGGUCUUACUCCGUCAAAGAAUGAUUUCAAAGGGUUUAAUCUUACGCAGCCGCCUCCUCUGACAGCAGCUCUCAACACCACCUUGAAGAACGAGAUGCUGGCUGCUAUGGGUUUCCUCGGACAGCAAGCAGAUAUGCAGGAGCAGCUGUGGGUGGCUUGCAGGAAUCUUUCGCUGGCUUCAGUCUCAACGCAACUGUUGCACGACUCGCGGCACUUGCUGCAACAGGCAGGCGAUGAUUUGUUGAUUGUCGGGAUUGUCGUCAACCCCAAACAAACUUCGGCAGGACUGAAAGGAGGCCUGCUUGAAAGAAUAACCACCUCCAUUGCUACUGCAGCUAACAAAUUGUUGCGCCGCCCCGCCUACGAGCUGCGGCAUGCGACGUACACCGCGGUGGUGCCAGACUAUUCGAAGAUCGCACUAGUACUCAAGGAGCUCUCGCAGAUCUACAAGAAUAAUCCUAGUGCUUUUCCCUCCGUUGACGUCUUUCACAGGGCUGCAGAUGCACUGUUCCUGCUCUUAGAGGAACAGUUCUUCAGUCCAGCUGGUCUGCCGGCAGGUGUCCCAUAUACAGUCAUGCUGAAUAAUGUGAAUCCUUUGUAUGCAACCUUGGAUGGCACUGAACGCGCUGCGGAAUUCCGCCGUUCUGUGCUCUCGAACUUCUUCUCUCAUCUCUGGAAGCUGGCCCUGAAUGUGUCUAUAGAAUCCCUGGUACAGCCGGAGGCUAUUGAGAAGAGAGAGCUACAAUACAGCAAGCCUACUUGGCUAAAAUCUGCAAUGGACCCGCUGCAAGCUAACUCCUUCCGCAUGAUCAUGACUGGGGGAGACUUUGCGUUAAAGCUCUUUGACAAUAUGCUCUCUAAGCCGCAGAAGAAAAUGCUGAAGAGCGUUAAGUAUGGAACAGGACUGAUUUUCACGUACAAUGUGCAUUUGUCGGGCAAGCUGUAUAUGGAGCUCGGAUACCGAUCGUACGGGAACUUUAUCACCUCCCAAGCUCCCUUCAUGGGUCAAGCUAUUACACGAUGGAUAUCUCAUAGACAGGAUUCAAGAGUCUCCGAGAUCUUUGGUUGGAUCGGUCUAGCACUCUUCUUUGUCUCUUCAGUUAUCGUGUGGGUGCCCAUCUCACUAGCUUCUCUCCCUCGAUAG